UCACAGUUUAUAUACGCUACCGAGAAAAUCUCCCAUAGUCCAACUAUUUUCCCCUCAAGUUUUCCUCCUUCUCCCCCACUAUAAACCAAAGGAAGACUCGAUAUAAGGGAUAAUUCGAUUCACGUAAUUAAGGAUAUAGUUAUUUUUUGAAUCAAAGAUGGGUAGGGUUUUUAUGGUGGAUCUGCAAGGGAACAUCUACAUCUGCAAACACUGUAAAACUCAUCUUUCUACAGAGCAAGACAUCAUUUCCAAGGCUUUUCAAUGCAAGCAUGGAAGAGCUUAUCUCUUCAACAACGUUGUAAACAUCUCGGUUGGAGUGAAAGAAGACAGAAUGAUGAUAACUGGAAUGCAUACCGUAGUUGACAUUUUUUGUGUUGGUUGUGGAUCAAAUGUUGGGUGGAAAUACGAGUUUGCACAUUGUAAGAGCCAAAAGUACAAGGAAGGAAAAUCUGUUCUUGAAUUAUAUAAGAUUUCGGGUCCUCAUGAUAGCAACGACUUGGCUAGCGAUGGAGAUGAAUGAUGCUUGAGCUCUUUCCUUCUCUCUCUCUCAGAUUUAUUUUAAAAUUGUACAUUCUUCGACCUUAGAUUUUAAUUCGUUUUGGUUCGCAUAGGGGAAGACCGGUUUAAUAAUAUGGGUCUUAUUUUGACCUUUUUCUAUAAUGAAUAAAAAAUGUGAUUACUAAUGAAUUUUUAACGUUUAAUCUCAUUAAAAAAAACUGAGAGCAGAUGGUUGUUUUUAAUGACAAAAGAGGCUUCUCAAUGAGCAAAAGGGGAAUUAGAUAAGUAAUUAAGAUCAAAGUACUUGGAUCCGGGCCAAGAGAGAAGCAAUAUCCUAAGUGACUCCAAGUUGUUGUUGGAUGCUAAGUUUCUUAGUUGCAGAAGAAGAGGGAAGACUACACACAAUGAGAUCAGCAAGCUGGGGCAUUUUCUUCAAGAAAUGCUUGAUGUAGUUGAGAAACCUUGCUUCAUCAACAUCAGCAGCUCUACUGAGACACAACUGUCCACAUGUAUCAAUAUUGUUAUGGAAGAGUGCUUGAUACUUUGAGGAGUUUGGGAUUUCUUACAUGUAGGACAAGGGCUUGAAGUUGUGGAGAGUUGUUGAGCAGGUUUGGCAGUGAUCCCCAUCCUAGAGUCGUAUGAGUAUAUGACACUCAAUAUACUCGUAUUUGCUGACAGUGGAAUGUAUGUCAAACGACGACUUUAAGAUCAAAUUCUAAUGUGAAAAGACUGUGCAAUAUUCCCCAUUUCAAAAGUGCAUGGAGGUAGUUGAUAACCCUCAUUUUUUAA